CGUGCGGUCGCGGCGCGGGGUAUCCCGGUCCGCCCCCCGACUCGGCGACCGAUCGGGCAGCCAUGGAGUCCGCGGCACGGAGGCGGCAGCUCCCCGGAGCGGCGGGCGGUCCAGGCGCGCAGCCCGGAGCAUUUUUCCUGCAGGCCAGGCAUAGCUCCCUCAAGGCGGAUGAGGCUGACCGCACGGCUCCCUUCCACUUUGACCUCUGGUUCUACUUCACACUGCAGAACUGGGUGCUGGACUUUGGCCGCCCCAUCGCUAUGCUCGUGUUCCCGCUCCAGUGGUUCCCUCUCAACAAGCCCAGCGUCGGGGACUACUUCCACAUGGCCUACAACAUCAUCACACCCUUUCUUCUGCUCAAGCUCAUUGAGCGGUCCCCCCGCACCCUGCCGCGCUCCGUGGUCUACAUCAGCAUCAUCACCUUCAUCAUGGGUGCCAGCAUCCACCUGGUGGGCGACUCUGUCAACCACCGUCUGCUCUUCAGUGGCUACCAGCACCACCUCUCAGUCCGCGAGAACCCCAUCAUCAAGAACCUCAAACCGGAGACACUGAUUGACUCCUUUGAGCUGCUCUACUACUACGACGAGUACCUGGGCCACUGCCUGUGGUACAUCCCCUUCUUCCUCAUCCUCUUCAUGUACUUCAGCGGCUGUUUCACAGCCUGCAAAGAACAGAGCUUCAUGCCGGGGCCUGCCCUGCUGCUGGUGGUGCCCAGUGGCCUGUACUACUGGUACCUGGUCACCGAGGGGCAGAUCUUCAUCCUGUUCAUCUUCACCUUUUUCGCCAUGCUAGCACUCGUCCUACACCAAAAGCGCAGGUGCCUUUUCCUGGACAGCAACGGCUUUUUCCUCCUCUACUCCUUCACCUUCACCCUCUCGCUGGUGGUGAUCUGGGUGGCCUGGCUGUGGAAUGACCCUGUACUCAGGAAGAAGUACCCGGGAGUCAUCUAUGUCCCCGAACCCUGGGCCUUCUAUACUCUCCAUGUCAGCAGUCGGCCCUGAGUCCCCAAACCAUCCUCUACUCCCUUAGGAGAGAUGGAUCAUGGGGCAUCUGAACACAGGUGUGUGUGUGUGUGUGUGUGUGUGUGUGUGCGUGCGCGCACGCCCAUGCCCGUGAGUAUGUAAGACAUGAGGAUGGAGCAGGCUGUGUGUGUACAGAGUGCAUUACUGACAGACUGAGCAGUGUGGGUCAGGAUUCUCCUUGAUUUAGAUCUUUUUGGGAUGGAAUUUAGUUUGGGAAGUGUGUCCAGGCCAGGAUCCUGGCCUUUACCUGUUGUUGGGACUCCUGACCCCACUCCUAUUGCUCAAGCCUGGGCUGGCUCUUAUAGGAAGUCUCAGCCAUGCAGGAGAGACCAGACUGUGCAAAAGCACGGGGCCACUGGUGUACCGCUUGGCCAGCAUCUGGCCACCUGGUCCGGGCCACUAUGUUUGUAUACUAUGUCAUCUUUCUCUGGAUUAUUGAGGAGAACACAUCCUCUCAGGGCCUCAUUUGCACUGCAUGGGCCCAGUGGGUUGAGGUUACUCACCGUCUUAGCUCUAUCAAGUCGCUACCCUCUCCCAGCCUGAAAGGGUCAUGAGCAUACCUGGCCCUCACCUGGCCAGCAUUGAGCCACCAGACCUCUGGGUGCCUGAAGCCCAGCUCUCCCAUGCUACACCAUCCUACUGGUGGUGGUGGUGGUGUUCACUCUGCACUGUCCCUCCCCAACUCUGAAGGAUUGUGGCACCACUUGGUGCCAGCCAGAUGUGGAGUAUUGGCCUACAGGUCUCAAACCUUUGCCUCAUUCCUUGAGCCCCGUUAUAGGGGCUGACAGCUCUGGGCUCCUGCCAGUCUUGCCUGUCUUAGCCUUCAUCUCUUUCUGCCAGGGCCCCUGC